GUCGUCGCCGUGCAUUCUGGGAGUGGUAGUUCUCGAGGCUCCGCCCGCGAAUGGUUCCCGGCGGGAGCUGGGCGCCGAGAGAACUACAGGCAGGAGGUGGGGUUCGGGGUUCGGGUCUACGCGGCUAGCAGUGGCGGAGGCGGCUGUAAGAGCAGCAUGAAGCGGACCCCGACCGCCGAGGAAAGGGAGCGCGAAGCCAAGAAACUGAGGCUCCUUGAAGAGCUUGAAGACACUUGGCUUCCAUAUCUGACCCCCAAAGAUGACGAAUUCUAUCAGCAGUGGCAACUGAAAUACCCCAAGUUGAUUCUCCGAGAAGCCGGCAGCAUUCCCGAGGAGCUUCACAAAGAGGUCCAGGAAGCCUUCCUUACCUUGCACAAGCAUGGCUGCCUGUUCCGGGACCUGGUCAGGGUCCAGGGCAAAGACCUGCUCACCCCGGUGUCUCGCCUCCUGAUUGGGAACCCAGGCUGCACCUACAAGUACCUGAACACCAGGCUCUUCACGGUGCCCUGGCCGGAGAAAGGUGUGACUGUGACAUACAACGAGGCCGAAAUAGCCACUGCCUGUCAGACCUUCCUGAAGCUCAACGAAUACCUGCAGAUAGAGACCCUGCAGGCUUUGGAAGAACUCGCCGCGAAAGACAGGGAUAACAUCGACGCCGUGCCUGUGUGUAUAGGUCCCGAUUUCCCUAGGGUUGGCUUGGGGUAUGACGGGCCGGACGAAGUGGAGCUGAACACCAGAGCCGCGUACAACAUGACCUUGCUAAAUUUCAUGGAUCCCCAGAAGAUGCCAUACCUGAAAGAGGAGCCUUACUUUGGCAUGGGGAAGAUGGCUGUGAGCUGGCAUCACGACGAAAACCUGGUGGACAGGUCUGCCGUGGCGGUCUACAGUUACAGCCGCGAAGGCCCUGAAGAAGAAGAGGACAGUGAUGAUGACCCUGAACUUGAAGGCAGAGACCCUGACACUUGGCAUGUGGGCUUCAAGAUCUCGUGGGACAUAGAGACACCUGGCCUGGCGAUACCCCUUCACCAAGGAGACUGCUAUUUCAUGCUUGAUGAUCUCAAUGCCACCCACCAACACUGUGUUUUGGCUGGUUUACCACCUCGGUUUAGUUCUACCCACCGAGUGGCAGAGUGCUCUACCGGGACGCUGGACUACAUCCUCCAGCGCUGCCAGUUGGGUCUGCAGAAUGUUCAUGAUGAGGCGGACAAUGGUGAUGUCUCUUUGAAGUCUUUGGAACCUGCAGUUUUGAAACAAGGAGAAGACAUCCACAACGAGGUUGAGUUUGAGUGGCUCAGACAGUUUUGGUUUCAAGGCAAUCGAUACAGAAAGUGCACUGAUUUUUGGUGUCAACCUAUGACUCACCUGGAAGAACAGUGGAAGAAGAUGGAAGGUGUGACAAAUGCCGUGCUGCAGGAAGUUCGACGAGAGGGCCUCCCAGCAGGGCAGAGGAGGGACAUGGUGUCUGUCAUCCUCGCCUCGCUCACCACACGCCAGAACCUGAGGACAGAGUGGCGAGCCAGGUGCCAGUCCAGAAUUGCCCGAACUUUACCCCUGGACCAGAAGCCAGAAUGUCGGCCAUACUGGGAGAAGGAAGAUCCUUCGAUGCCUUUGCCAUUUGACCUCACAGAUAUCAUUUCUGAGCUCAAAGUUCUGCUUCUGGAGGCCAAACCCCAGGAAGAAAGCACAUUUUAGAUGCAGAGAGAAACAUGUUUGGGGCUUCUCACCCCCUUUCUCAUGGGCAAGGACAAUGGGUAGACGUAGCUUUGAGAUAGUAGAACCCCGGUCCCCAUCAAGAGCAACUAGGGAGCAAGCCCAUGAAAGUUAACAUGCUUUGAAAUGAUGCAGCGUCAUCCGUGGACUGGCAUGAAACAAGACCCUGCCCCCCAAGCUAUUCCUCUCUCGGAGUUUCGGGGGGAGCCCAUCGGCCCCGAGACACAGGGGGGAGGUGCUGAACUUGGCCCGUGCCCCCGCCUCCCCUGGCUUCCUCCUUCCCAAGCCUCCCGAGACUCUGAGUCUUGGCGGGCAACAGAACUUAGACAUGCUCACCCCAAUUUCCCCUCCCUCGCCACACUCCUCAGAGGCUGUGCUGUCCGGCACGGCGGCUGCCAGCCAAAUGCAGCUUCUUCGAUGUCAGUGCAGUUUUCGUCGUGAUUCAGUCAGGCUAAGCUUGCGCCCUCCGCCUUCCCCAGCUGCGUGGGCGGCGCAGGUAUGCAUGUCGUCCUCCCUGCAGGAAGCCAGUGGGUGGUAUCCAGAAACCCUUUAAGAGCAGGAGAGGCCUUUGCGGCCGCCAUGCCCAGGGGACAAAGAAAUGGCUUUUCACAGAGAAGCCUGGCUUGGCGCCUCAGCUCCGCCAGGGCCCGCGUCAUGGCAGAUGGAACUGAGGCCGGGUUGCCACCCCGAGGGCACUGGAAUGUCGGAGACCAGCGAGAGGGAAGUGUGUGUGGCUAAGGGAUGCCUGCACCCAGCUCCCACUAGUGUUGUGGCCUUUGGCCCGUCACUGUGCCUCAGUUUCCCCACUUGUGUCACCGGCCUCUCACAGCACCAGCGCAGCAGCAUAGGGUGAAGCUGAAAUGGAGUCCCCAAGCCCCAGGCCUAGCCAUGGUGACACGGACCGACUGGUCAUCUCUCUGGGUGGGCUCACCCUGGGGGCACCCCCUUCUCUAGUCUCAUGCCCGGUCUGUCUGUUCAUGCCGUGUUCCUGAGCCUCGGUUUCCUCAGGAAGUGCGAUCUCGCGGGGAGCCCAGCGUGGACCAGGCCGGGUCAGCCACGAGGUGUGGCCCGAGCGGCCCCAGGAGGGCGGGUCCGGGCUGGCGUAACUGGGUUUAUCCUGCCCCCGAUUUCUGUUUUGUUACAUAUCAUUAGGUGCCAAAUUUUAAAAACGGGGAGAUUUCCUGUGUUCUCGUGUGUGUUCUUUGGAAGUCAGAGCCUGCGGCAGCCCCGGCUCGCGCCAGCGGGGCCGUGAGAUGAGUCGCGUCUCCUCAUAGGGCAUGAACACGUGACCCCCCACACCCCCGCCGCUGCUCCCUGCUCCCACGUGCUGUGACCCUGACCUCCCCCCUUCUGUCAGCGCGCUGCAGACUGCCUACCUGUACCCCGUCGUAGAAAUAAAAUCUUUCGUCUUGACCCCAGUUGGGGUGUCGCUGUUGGGUCAUAUUCAUGGACCGCUUGUGAAUGCGUCACGUGCAACAUAAAACAUUCCUAAUUAAUAAAAAUAUUAAAAGGAUGGAAUGG